AUGACAGCCACUGCCCGGUUGAGGUCUCUGAGCCCGCACGUGCUGCGAGCCAUCGGCACAGCUCCUCGCGCCGCGGCGUUCACACGGCAUAGAGGAACCUUUGCGCGGAGGCGAGGGAAGGCGGUUGAACCUCAGCCAAUUGGCAGCGAGAAGGUCCGGUCGCUCAAUGCCUCGUCUGGUGUUAUCGGUGGCGCGGCCAGCCGGCCUGUGGUAAACCAGAGCGCUGCUGAGCAACAGCCACCCCAACUUACCUCGAUCGAAGAGACUCCCUCGGAACCCGAUACGUCUAGUCAGAACUUCUCGACCCAGUCCGGCGAAGCGACGAGCAGUAAACCUCAGCCGAAAGAGAAUGAAACACCCCAGGAGGAGCGGGCCAGGCUGGCUCGAGAGGAGGCCAAGCAGAGCGGCCCCCUGGAGGCUGUUCUGCACAUGCAACCCCCCGAGACUAUGAGGCAUGGCCCUGCCAUGUGUCCGCCGCCAUAUAUCCAUCACUUUGACAGCUACUCGCUGGUCAAGCAGCUGCAGGAAGGGGGAUACUCUCAGGAACAGGCGACAACCGCCAUGAAGGCAAUUAGGGCGCUGCUCGCACAAAAUCUUGAUAUUGCGCAGUCGACUCUAGUUAGCAAGAGUGAUGUGGAAAACGAAACAUACCUCUUUACGGCAGCUUGCUCAGAGCUUAGCACGGAGAUCAGGAAUAACCGAAGGCUCGAAGAAGAGCAGCUACGUCAACAGCGAACGCAUCUGCAACAUGAGGUGGACAUCUUGACUCAGUCCCUUAACCAGGAGGUCUUGACACUGAAUGACAAUGUGCGAGGGUUGUUCAAUGACCGCAAGAUGGCAGUGAGCGAAGAGCAGAAGGUGGGGCAGAGCGCAGUCCAGCAAAUCAACUACAAGAUCAGCAUCGUACUUAGCAGCGAUGCCAAGUCAGAGAUUGAGGCAGUACGCUGGAUUCUGAUCCGUCGAUCAGUCCUCGGUAUCCUCUUCAUGGCUGUUCUCACGCUGGGUACACUCCGAUAUGCCACCUAUGUUAGCCAUGAGCGACAAAGGGAGGUAGAGAGGAAGAAGAAAGAGGAGGAAGAGAGACGAAGGAAUGGCGGCAAACAAGACCGCUCGUCAGAUGCCGACGCGGCUGUGAUCCUGGCUGCCAACUGA